AUGAUUGAAUUUGACGGAGGAUUGUUUCUUCAACAUGUCAUUCAGAAAACCUUUCAAAGGUGUUGUGAGGCUUCUUCUCAUCAGCAGGCUCGGAAAUAUGUUUCUUUCGGAACAUUCUCUGAUCACGAAGAAGAUAAUGAUUUGAAUUUUUCAUCCUUUUCAUUGAUCUAUUUGGAUCAACUAGUUCCGACUUCAUCCUCUUCAUUAAACACACAACAACAAGGAACAAAGAUAAAAACAUCAAAUUCUCCUCAACAACUGAAGACAAAGCUGGAGAAAGCUGUGAAGCAUUUCGUAGAUGUCUUGACUAGAGUUCUCUGCUCCAGAGAAUGGAAGGUGGAGCCACCUCAAUUUGUGAAUAUCCUUUCGAGUCGAUUGCUUUUCGUGAAGGAUCGACAACAAUUUUCAUUGGUUCAUUUGGCAUGUGACACCAAUCAAGUUCAAUUGCUAGAAUGGAUCCAAAUGUAUAGUAGUGAGACAUCUGUAAAUUGUAGUACUGUUGUAAAUACUCAUGUAGAGAGAAUUGAUGUGAAAGACAGCACAUUAUGGUCUCUGAAGGAUUCCAAUGGUUUGGAACCAUUGUUUUAUGCUGUAAAUUCAUCAUCAAAAGAUUGUGUGGCCUUCUUAUGUUCCAAAUCAUCCGUAAGAGAGGAACAAUUGAAUUUACGAAGAGAUGGUUUUGGAAAUCUUCCAAUCAUUGCAUCGUUCAAGAAAGGAGAUUACGACAUGUGUGACUUGCUUCAACUUUUUGGUGCAAAGAUCGACCUUUGUGGAGGUUUGGCUUUUGGAAUGGGACUUCAAGAAACCUUAAUGCAUUAUGCGAUGAGAAAGAGAGACAUUAAGGCGGUGCGAUAUUUGGCAUGUCACUCAUCAAAAGCUAUUCUCAAGAAGAAUCAUCGAGAUGAGACCCCAUUAUUUCAAUGCCUAAACGAUAAGCGUGGAAUGUACACAAGUAGUGAAGAAGAGGUAACAACGACAAAUUUCGGAGGAAAAGGAGGAUGUGAUGGCUGUGCUGUCACCAUUCCAAACCACGUAUUUUUCUUGUCUACCAUUUUAGAUGAAGGAAAAACAUUGUUCGGAGAGGAGCAAUUUCACAAAGCUCUUCUCUCCAAGAAUAGUUUUGGAAGAAAUCUGUUGAUGGAAAGUAUUGUCAUGAAUGACUUUGAAGUGACACGAAUGAUUUGUAGUUUCUUGCUUUCACAUUAUGGUCUUUCCGCAUCAAGUUAUUUGUUUAUACCAGCCGGAGGAGGUGACACCUCAAACAUUACAUUUUUGAACCAGUUGAUUGAUGACAGAGACUUUGAAGACUCAACCAUUUUCCAUAUUGCCUCUCGAUAUAUCGGAUCGUAUUUAAGUAUUACCAACAGCACAGUUCGAGAUAUUUUCAAGCUUCUUAAAGAACUCUUUGUUGUCACUCAGAAGAGCAAUCAAUCUCUGAAAGAUUUUCUCAAAAACAAUCCCUCUAAAUAUUACAGGCUAUCCUCUGGAUCUAAAUCCUUAAGCAAGUCCAUUAAAUUUUGGAUAAAACUUGAGUAA